AUGUAUAAAAAAUUCAAGUCUCAAGCAUCCAGCAGCAGAGCUGCCUCGGGGGGGUUUGGGAGCUCUGCGGGAGCGUUUGGGGGCUUUUCAACUGACUCUAUGACUCAACGAGUCUCUUCUUCUUUGUCAUACAUCGCGGAGCCGCCAGAUCUUUCCAAAAUUUCCGAACCACAGUUGGUUGUCUCGUUCAAAAACCUCCUGAAAAAGGAUGCUACCACGAAAACGAAGGCUCUAGAGGACCUGCAAGGCUUCCUAUGUGCGCAAGAUACCCGAAGUGGGGGUUUGGAAGAUGGUCUCAUUGAAGUUUGGAUAAAAGUAUAUCCACGCAUGUCAAUAGAUAUUUGUCGCCGGGUUCGACAACUUGCCCAUGUCCUUCAAGGUCUUUUCGUAUCAUUAUGCGGAAGGCGAAUAGCUCCGUAUAUUUCAAGGGUAAUUGGGGCAUGGCUCGCCGGCCUCUACGAUAGCGACAAACUAGUGUUUAGAGCUGCUCAAGAAUCAAUUGUCAGAGCUUUUCCUACGGAAGAGAAGAGGCAAAGCCUAUGGAGAGUCUACCGAUCAUCAAUUUUCGAAUUUGUUAUCGAUGCAGUCCUAGAGCAAAGCCCCCAAACUCUAAGCGAUCAGCGGACUGUUAGGCCAGAUGAAGCCGAAGCAAAGCAUGCCCGGGUUGUCUCAACGGCACUACAGGUUCUCAAUCAACUUAUCGCUAAAUCAUCGACUGUCCAACUGGACAAGGAUUCCGAUUUUAUCACGACUCUUAUUACCAGCAAAUCGCUUUGGUCAUUUUCAUACCAUGAAGAUCCAUUUGUUCGCCGAUCUACCUAUGAUUUGCUUCGGACUUUGCUUUCAGUGGAGAGAGAUUUGAUCGAAUGGAGAACUGUUAGCGAUUGUUUUUUGUCGAAGGCUCUUCCGAAGAGCCAACUAGGCUCUGCUAUUGACUUCUCUAAUGUUCUGUUAACUUUGACUAAAGAGCGUCCACAAUUAUGGACGUCAGACUAUUCUGGGAAAGUCUCUGCAACAAAACGACUCUACCAGUAUAUCAAAAAGGGCUCGGAAGGGGCUAAUGCUGCCUAUUGGGAAAACCUGCAUAUACUGCUAAAAUCUAUUCCCUUCGAAAUCUUGAUUAGGCAACCAGUCAGCGAUGACAGCACCAUACAAGAUGCAAACCAGUUAAUGGAAACCAUCCACGAUUCAGUUCUAACCCGGGAAGAGCAAGGAGGUAAUCUCGGAGCUGCCUGGUCAUGUUUUAUCGACACAGGAUUUUGGAUAUCUUCUUUUGUCUCAGAUAAAGUCGCUUUCCAAAAAUUCCUCAAAAGCCAAAUUUCUCCUAUUUUAGAACAGUAUAUCCUUGAUCUGCGUGAUAACAGCCGGUGGUCGCUCAAUGGCAAAUUCGCGGUAGAGUUAUGCGCAAAAACAUUCAUUCUUUUGGCGGAACACACUGGAGCAGAUAUCCUCCAUGGCCUAUGGAUGAGCCUGUCCGACAGGUUGAUCCAAACAGUCAAAUUGUCGUCGCCGGAAAAAGCCAGCGGCUUUAAGGAUUCCCAAGAUUCAAUCUGUGCCCAAGCGAAGCGUCUCUUUGAACUAGAAGGGCAGAUUUUGACCCAAAUAACACAAACCAGCAGUCUGUCGUUCAUUUCAAGCAUUUUCCAGGAUGCUGGCACUCCUCUACUCCAAGAUUCGCUGGAGAUUUUGAGAUCUCGCAAUGGAAAACCGUAUGGAGCUGCUUCAAUGAUUGAUGAGGCUCUCUCUAGAGUCCCUGAUAUUGCGACCCAGGUCGAGGGACUAGGAACAUUUCUCAUUGAAGAUAUUGCGCAACUUCUGUUCUCCCCAGCAGCGGAUCGUCUAAUUUCUGUUCUAUUUGGAUCUCGUGGCAAUAAAGGCUUUGAAGGUGGCCUUAAAAAUUCCAUAGAUGCUUUCCUGGAUACGGACCUUGGAAGCUCAGCAUUGCCUGGACUCCAAAAAUUAUUUUCAUGCAUCACUUCCCCCGAUAUUGAAGCACACCCAAACUUGGAACUUUUAAUCAUGAAGAUUUAA